AUGGGGUGUUGCCUUGGCUGUUUCGGGAUUUAUACUAAAAGGAAGCCUGGAAAACCUCCCAAUCGGAUUCUCCCUGGAGAUUUGGGACUGACAAGUACAUAUGUGUGUAUAUUUAUUUCAUAUCUAAUACGCGUAAAAAGCCUAAAGAGAUACCGAGUAUCAAGAUCAGGAAGAAAAGUGAGCUUCAAUAUCAAUGCUCAGACCCAUGAGCCGAUUCCAGCUGAAAAAACAAUUGCAUAUCAGUUUUCACAGAGUGUUGAAGAGGAGGAAAGUGAAAAGAAUGGAGCAGAAACAGGAAAAGGGAGAGUGCCCUAUCUCACAUGGAAUCAGCAAAGGGAGCUUCAUUGGUUCACAUGGAUGAGGACAAGGCCAAGAAUCAAAUGCCACUUUGUGCUUCAACAAAUGGAGAACUUAAAGUCACUUGGGAUUGGAAAUACAAGGAUCAGAAGCCAAUAUCUAUGGUCUGUAUUGAAUCCAGUUGAAAAUACUACUCAGUGGAAAGAAAUUAAAGCAAGAGCAGCACCACCACCUAAGCACAAAAGGAAGAAGAACAUUGAACUAAAGGAAGAACCACUAAUACCCUUCAGUUCAAAGCUGAGAUCCAACUGCUCACCAUAUUAUAAUCAGUCAAAGACCCUACUGCAAGACAAGGCAGUUGAUGCUAGCCUCACAAACUGGUUAAUUUCACCAACCACUGAUUUGGUUGUUGUCUGUUUAUGAUAAAAGGGUGAGCAAAAUUUUGGGUUGCUGUCUGUUUGUAUGUCAGUUUAUGAUUCUUUGGUUCAUUUCAGAUUGUUUAAUAAGAUUUGGUAAUUUUGGUAGCCCUUGGUUUCAUUUCUUCAUGCUGUACUAUAUGUACAAGGAUUGAACAAUGUGUUGAAGUUGAACCAUUUAAUUUCAAUUUUCAGGCUUCUCAAAACAUUAUUCUAACUUAAAAAAGGAAGAAAACUACUCACAUUCCAACAUUGUGUUGCAAGUUAAUAGCUGUCAAAAGUUUACCUGAAAAUAUAUACAGAGA